AUGUCGCUCUCAGAGAGCUACUCCCAGAUCUGCAGGGACAAUACAUUUGGCCCUACUGUACCUGGAAUCGCAGAAUGCCGUGGUGGAUUCGACUUUACUGUUACCUUUGAGGAAAGUAUCUUGUCGCUCGCUCCAGCAUGUCUAAUCAUUGCUAUCACUCCCUGGAGGAUAUACUCGCUCUGGCCAAGACCGUGCAAGACUCGUGACUGCUGGUUACUUCACAUUAAACUGUUCGGCUUUGUGGCACUUGCUGCCCUUCAUGCCGUUUUACUGGCAUUCCUAUCCAAGAGUCAGACAUCUCAUCGUGCCCUACUCAUAUCAUCGGGGACCUUUCAGUUACUCGCCAGCUUUUCAAUCACCGCUCUAUCUUAUUGGGAGCAUCGAAAUGCCAUUAGACCAUCAUUCGUUCUGUCGGCUUUCCUAUUCUUGACUGCCUUAUUCGAUGCUGCCCGAGCCAGGACACAGUCUUUGAUUCCCGGUAGCGAUAUAGUGGCAGGAAUUCUGAUCGCUAUUGUCGUGGCAAAGUCGCUUCUUUUCCUAGUUGAGUCUAAAGAUAAAGCCAGUAUCUUGCUGCUCGAGUACUCCAAGUCGUCUGCGGAGCUUCGAAGUAGCCUGUUCUCGCGAGCUUUCUUCACCUGGUUGUUUCCAGUCUUGUCUAUGGGGUUCAAGAGUGUCAUAUCUUCAGAUGAUCUACCAGCUAUCAAUGAGAAGCUAGCGUCGCAGACACUAACUAACAAGGUUGAGCAGCGGUGGAUGAAGAGAGGUUCAGUAGGAGCGCUUUCGUUGUUCGUCGACGUCCUUUCCAGUUUCCCCAAGGAACUCUGCCUUAUACUGCUUGCCAAUCUGAUCCAGGUCGGGCUGAACAUCUGCCAGCCAUUUUUGAUCCAGGAACUAGUAACCUUUCUGAAGUCGCCUGAUCAAUCCAUAAACGUGGGAUAUGGUCUUCUUGGGGGAUUUUUCUGUGUUUCCAUGACCAAUGCUUUGGUAAUCCCUUGGGGCUUCCACUACGUUGGUCGUCUUAUGACCAUGACCCGAGGCGCGCUUAUCCCACUGAUAUACUCCAAGCUUCUACAUCUAAAAGGCAACAACUCGGAUCAGAUGACAGCAUUCACGCUUGUGACUGCGGAUGUUGAAACCAUCGUCAACGACUCAUGGAGAUUAUUGGAGCCAUGGGCUCAUCUUCUGCAGAUUUCGAUCGGAACAUACCUUCUCUACCGGCAAUUAGGUGCAGUUUGCUGCAUCCCCAUCAUUGUUAUCCUCUUAAUUUUCACACUUGUCGCUGUUAUAGGCUCCAAGAUUGGGGGUCAUCAAUCUGCUUGGUUUGACAAGAUCGAAAAGAGAAUUGACUUGACAAGCCACACACUCAGCUUCUUGCAUCCCGUCAAACUCCUCGGACUGUCCAGGAUCAUGGAGGACAAACUCCACAAGAGGCGAGAAGAUGAGCUACAAACAUCUCAGAAGUUCAGAGUCACCAACUGCGCUGCCCUAGCAUUCGCUUCCGCUCCUCAGGCUUUAGCACCUCUUGUCACAUUUGGGGCGUACUCCAUUGCCAGGAUGCUUUCAGGUCAGCCUAACUUCUCAGAAGCAACGGCUGUUACCAGCUACUCGAUCCUAAACCUCAUAUCUGCUUCUGCUAUGCAGCUGCUCCUAGCCAUCCCAAUGGGAGCACAGGCAAUUGGAUGUUAUGGGAGAAUCCAAUCCUUUCUUCAGACCCCCGAGGAUCUUAUCCCCUCGACAGCCACAACCAACAGCUCGGUCGUUACUAGCCAGAGUGCCAGCGAGAAGAAGGCGAUAGAACCUGAGUCGGGUACUGCUCUAGAGCCUAUUAAGCAGCCUUCUGAGAAGAUCGAAGUCCUCGGUGGCUCAAGAGGUCGUCCACCAGUCCAAUUUGUGCCCAGUGGGAUUAUUGCCAUCACUGGGCCAAGCGGCUGUGGUAAAUCUACCCUUCUUCGAGAACUGCUCACUUUUGAACAAAGCCAGUCGACGGGUAUUUUCCCGUCAGGAGACAUUGCCUACUGCUCUCAAACUCCCUGGAUCUUCGAAGGAACUAUUCGCGAUAACGUCCUUGGACAGUCUGAAGUCAACAACAGCUGGUACCAGUCUGUACUUCAAAGUUGCGAGCUUCGUGUGGAUCUGGACAGUAUGCCCAACAAUGACGCUACUCAAGUUGGCAGUGGAGGAUCGAAGCUAAGUGGUGGACAGAAACAACGCCUCGCCAUCGCUCGAGCCUUGUACUCCAAGAAGAAACGAGUAAUCCUCGAUGACAUAACAAGCGCCCUGGAUGGGCAUACUGCUUCUUCUUUGAUAACCAAUAUGUUUAGUGAAAAUGGAACGUUUCGCUCGCAAGACAUGUCUGUUAUUGUAGCAACACACUCGGCGCAGAUCUUGCGUCUAGUAGAUCAGGUCUUACUCAUGGACCAAGAUGGUAAAGUCAUCGACUCAGGUCCAUACGCAGAACUCGUUACCCGGCAUGAACAUUACUCACAACACCAAACUACAAAUUCUUCACAACCUUCCUCAUCCUCUGAAGAUGCUCCUGUCCAGGUUAAAGAGCUUGAAGUCACCCGAGGAGAGUACGAAGCCCGGGUCCAAACCAAGGUCGAUGAUCUACGCAGAAAAAAGGGAGAUUGGAGAUCCUUCACGUACUAUUUUGGCUCUAUGGGAUGGCUUGGCUUCAGUAUCUUUGUUGCUUGCCUUGGUUCCUAUAUGGUAUUGAACGCAAUCUUUGGUGUUUGGCUGGUGUGGUGGGGUGAAGACACCAAUGGUACCCGUGGUCUUGGGUACUGGCUAGGCCUUUAUGCUACCUGGGCCGUUCUCAUCACUAUUGGGUUUCUACUAACACCUAUUUUCUUCUUUACCAAAUUGGCGUCUAAGGCGUCCCAUGUCAUGCACGCAGACCUGUUGACGGCCACGAUGAGGGCUCCGUUGUCAUCUCUUUCAAAAAUAGAAGACACGGCAUCUCUCGUCAAUAGGUUCAGUCAGGACAUCCGCUUGUGUGACUGGCAAUUGCCAUUUAACAUUCUGUUGACGUUGAUGGCUUUGCUAGCAUGUCUAGCAAGCAUUGGUGUCGCUAUCUCGGCUGUCCCAUACUUAGCCAUAGGGGCACCAGUGAUCGCCAUUGUUCUUUAUCUACUUCAAAUGCUAUAUCUGCGCACUUCCAGGCAGUUGCGGUUACUCGAGCUUGAACAAAAGGCACCCAUCGUGUCGUUGUUCCUCGACAGUAUUCAAGGAAUCGCCACAAUUCACUCUUUUGGCUGGAGUCCAGCUUAUGUCCAAAAGAGCUACUCACUCUUGGACUCGUGUCAAAAGCCCCUCUAUACUCUGUUCUGCAUUCAACGCUGGCUGAUCCUUGUGCUGGCUCUCAUCGCCACAGGCACAGAGUUGGUGGUCAUUGGAGCUGCCAUAGCUCUUCGAACAAAGGUAAGUGCUGGGCUGGUCGGCCUAGCCGUUGUACAUGUCACGACACUAGCAAAAAGCCUGUGUGAUCUUGUCAUGCAGUGGACAGAUAUGGAGACAUCACUAGGCGCUGUUUCGCGUAUCUACAGAUUUUCACGCGAGACUCCACGAGAAGCACAGUCUGAUCAAGGGUCUCCAAACCUGCUUGAAGGUUGGCCACUAGCUGGUAGUAUCACCUUUGAGAAUGUUAGCGCGACUUAUGAGGAUGUGCCAGAAGACUUGGAUGCUACCGCACGAUCAGACAGCACUCCAAAACUGGCCCUGGACAGUAUUACGUUCACCAUCAAACCCGGUGAGAGGGUUGGUAUUUGCGGCAGGACUGGCAGCGGGAAGAGCAGUCUCAUGGCAGCUCUCUUACAAAUAUUGUCCUGCUAUCAGGGCCGGAUCUUUAUCGACGGCACCGAUCUUUCAACACUCCAUCCCGAAGAUGUUCGAUCCAAACUCAAUUAUGUAACACAAGAGCCGUUCUUAUUUGACGGAACCAUGCGAGAAAACUUGAGGCCCUGGGAUUUGUUUGUUGCCGAUCAGGAGAUGACCGCAGCUCUGGAGAAAGUCAACUUGUUGAAAAAGGUCACGUCCCUUGGAGGACUGGAUGCUUUAUUAACCCGUGAUUCAUUUUCACACGGCGAGAGGCAACUGUUCUGCCUUGCGCGAAGCCUUCUGCGGAGCAGCAGCAUCGUCAUCCUCGACGAGCCAACUGGACAUAUUGACCCUGUCACGGAUGCUACCAUUCAACACGUCAUUAGGGACGGAUUUUCCGGUCGAACCGUGAUCAUGAUUGCUCACCGCUUGCGCACGUUGCUUGAGUUCGAUACCGCCGUUAUCUUGGAUCAUGGAAGGGUGAAGGAGGUUGGACCACCAAAGUCUCUUCUGAAUGACUCGACUUCUGCGUUCCACGCGCUCUAUCAUGCAGCUGAAGGAGCAGCAGCAAAUACGGGCUGA